AGCUGGAGGAGUGCAGGGAAUGAGGUCUUGGAUAGAAACCUGCUAGUUGAUUGAGAGACCGGGGAGAGUUUCCCUGCGCAGGUUCCCGGUGCUGAGGAUCAGACAGCUCUGUCCCUGGAGGAGUGCCUUAGGCUGCUGGAGGCCACUUUUCCUUUCGGGGAGAAUUCCGAGUUCCCAGCUGCGGAUGUCUCCACCCUGAGCGAAGCUGUGCCCGGGCAGAGCCGUGCCACGGGUGUCCCCUCCAGCCUGCUGUCCCCUCUCCUGGCCGAGACCGAGUCACCCUUCGACCUGGAGCAGCAGUGGCAGGACCUCAUGUCCAUCAUGGAAAUGCAGGCGAUGGAGGUGAACGGCUCGGCGGCCGAGGGGCUGUACGGCGGCGCGAGCGCAGACCUGCUGACAGCCAACUACAGCCUGGCCCCCAGCACCCCCAUCAACCAGAACGUCAGCCUGCAUCAGGCCUCGCUGGGCAGCUGCUCCCAGGACUUCUCCCUCUUCAGCCCCGACAUGGAGAGCCCCUCCAUGGCAGGAGGCUCGGCCCUGCUCCAGCUGGCGCCGGAUAACUCCACCGGCCUCAACAGCACCUUCGGCUCCACCAACCUGAGCGGGAUCUUCUUCCCACCACAGCUCAACAGCACAGUCAACGAGACCUCUGGCCCCGAGCUGCCUGACCCGCUGGGAGGGCUCCUGGACGAGGCCAUGCUGGAUGAGAUCAGCUUGAUGGACUUGGCCAUCGAGGAGGGUUUCAACCCCGUGCAGGCCUCGCAGCUGGAAGAGGAGUUUGAUUCCGACUCAGGUCUUUCUCUGGAUUCAGGCCACAGUCCUGCUUCUCUGAGCAGCUCCGAAGCCUCAUCCUCCUCGUCCUCUUCCUCCUCGUCCUCUUCCUCCUCCUCGUUUUCCGAGGAAGGAGCUGUGGGUUACAGCUCCGACUCGGAGAACGUGGAUUUCGAGGAAGCCGAAGGGGCGGUUGGCUACCAGCCAGAGUACAGCAAGUUCUGCCGCAUGAGCUACCAGGACCCAUCCCAGCUGCACUACCUGCCUUACCUGGAGCACGUUGGCCACAACCACACCUACAACAUGGCCCCGGGAGCGUUGGAUCCCGAGGAACCCAAACUCCCCAGCGCCAGCAAGAAGAGCAGCAAGGAGAAACCCUCGGAAUUCCUGGACAAACAGCUGAGCAGGGACGAGCACCGCGCCAGGGCCAUGAAGAUUCCCUUCACCAACGACAAGAUCAUCAACCUGCCCGUGGAGGAGUUCAACGAGCUGCUGUCCAAGUACCAACUGAGCGAGGCCCAGCUGAGCCUGAUCCGCGACAUCCGUCGGCGCGGCAAGAACAAGAUGGCGGCGCAGAACUGCCGCAAGAGGAAACUGGACACCAUCCUCAACCUGGAACGCGACGUGGAGGAUUUACAACGCGACAAGUCCAAACUGCUCAGGGAGAAGGUGGAAUUCCUCAAAUCCAUCCGGCAGAUGAAGCAGAAGGUACAACACCUUUACCAGGAGGUGUUCGGGCGGCUGAGGGAUGAGAACGGACAACCCUACUCGCCCAACCAGUACGCGCUGCAAUAUGGCAGGGGCGGCGCCCGCCCGGUCUAG